UUUGUGUCGUGUAUCCUGUCCUACAGGUCUAUGCAAUAUUAGUUAGUCACCCUCCUGCUCCCAACGAUCACCUAACACCAACACCUGUGUCAUACACAGCUGGCUUCUACAGGAUCCCUGUCAUUGGUCUGACAACACGCAUGUCUAUAUAUUCUGAUAAGAGCAUCCACCUGUCCUUUUUGCGCACGGUCCCACCUUACUCUCACCAGGCCAACGUCUGGUUUGAGAUGAUGAGAGUCUUCAACUGGAACCACGUCAUUCUGAUAGUCAGCGACGACCACGAGGGUCGUGCUGCACAAAAGAAGCUGGAGACCCUCCUGGAGGAGAAAGAGUCCAAGAGUAAAAAAAGGAACUAUGAAAACCUCGACCAACUUUCCUAUGACAACAAGCGAGGACCCAAGGCUGAGAAAGUGCUUCAGUUUGACCCUGGAACCAAAAAUGUGACAUCGCUGCUGCUGGAGGCGAAGGAGCUGGAAGCCAGGGUGAUCAUCCUCUCUGCCAGCUCCCCCCGCAUCCAGGGCAUGCUCAGCCUCGUGCUCGCUGUCCCCGGAGCGGGGCACGGUCCCAGCAAUGCUGAGCCCUCCCCUCUGCCCUCGGCAGGAGUGAUCGGCCUGCAGCUCAUCAAUGGCAAGAACGAGUCAGCCCACAUCAGUGACGCUGUGGCCGUGGUGGCCCAGGCCGUGCAUGACCUGUUUGAGAAGGAGAAUAUCACAGACCCACCGCGGGGCUGCGUGGGCAACACCAACAUCUGGAAAACAGGACCCCUUUUUAAGAGGGUGUUGAUGUCCUCCAAGUACUCAGAGGGUGUCACCGGCCGGGUGGAGUUCAACGAGGACGGGGACAGGAAGUUUGCCAACUACAGCAUCAUGAACCUGCAGAAUCGGAAACUGGUCCAGGUUGGGAUUUACAACGGCAGCAAUGUCCUGACCAACGACAGGAAGAUCAUCUGGCCAGGGGGGGAAACGGAGAAACCUCAAGGCUAUCAGAUGUCAACCAAGUUGAAGAUUGUGACCAUCCACCAAGAGCCUUUUGUGUAUGUGAAGCCCACUCAGGCAGAUGGGACGUGCAGGGAGGAAUUCACCAUCAAUGGAGAUCCUGUCAAAAAGGUCUUCUGCACUGGACCCAAUGAGACCAUCCCAGGCCGUCCCACCGUGGCACUGUGCUGCUACGGCUUCUGCAUCGACCUGCUCAUCCGCCUGGCAGGGGUGAUGAACUUCACCUAUGAGGUUCACCUGGUGGCUGAUGGUAAAUUUGGUACCCAAGAGCGGGUGAACAACAGCAACAAGAAGGAGUGGAACGGGAUGAUGGGGGAGCUGCUGAGCGGCCAAGCAGACAUGAUCGUGGCUCCCCUCACCAUCAACAACGAGCGGGCUCAGUACAUCGAGUUCUCCAAGCCCUUCAAGUACCAGGGCCUCACCAUCCUCGUGAAGAAGGAAAUCCCCCGCAGCACCCUGGACUCGUUCAUGCAGCCCUUCCAGAGCACACUCUGGCUGCUGGUGGGGCUGUCUGUGCACGUGGUGGCAGUGAUGCUGUACCUGUUAGACCGAUUCAGCCCAUUUGGCCGGUUCAAAGUAAACAGUGAGGAGGAGGAGGAAGAUGCCCUGACUCUCUCCUCAGCCAUGUGGUUCUCCUGGGGAGUCCUGCUGAACUCUGGCAUUGGAGAAGGUGCUCCCCGGAGUUUCUCUGCCCGUAUCCUUGGCAUGGUGUGGGCUGGCUUUGCUAUGAUCAUUGUGGCUUCAUACACUGCCAACCUGGCAGCCUUCCUGGUGUUAGACCGACCUGAGGAGAGGAUCACAGGCAUUAACGACCCCCGGCUGCGCAACCCCUCGGAUAAAUUCAUCUACGCCACGGUGAAGCAGAGCUCCGUGGACAUCUACUUCCGACGGCAGGUGGAGCUGAGCACCAUGUACAGGCACAUGGAGAAGCACAACUACGAGAGCGCUGCCGAGGCCAUCCAGGCAGUGAGGGACAACAAGCUCCACGCCUUCAUCUGGGACUCGGCAGUGCUGGAGUUUGAGGCCUCCCAGAAGUGUGACCUGGUGACGACGGGGGAGCUCUUCUUCCGCUCCGGCUUCGGGAUCGGGAUGCGCAAGGACAGCCCCUGGAAGCAGAACGUCUCCCUGGCCAUCCUCAAGUCCCACGAGAACGGCUUCAUGGAGGAUUUGGACAAGACUUGGGUGAGGUAUCAAGAGUGUGAUUCCCGUAGCAAUGCCCCAGCAACACUCACCUUUGAAAAUAUGGCAGGUGUGUUUAUGCUGGUGGCUGGAGGUAUUGUUGCCGGGAUAUUUUUAAUAUUCAUAGAGAUAGCUUACAAAAGGCAUAAGGACGCGCGGAGGAAGCAGAUGCAGCUGGCGUUCGCGGCCGUUAAUGUGUGGAGGAAAAACCUGCAGGAUAGAAAAAGUGGUAGAGCAGAACCUGACCCUAAAAAGAAAGCCACUUUUAGGUCCAUCACCUCCACCCUGGCCUCCAGCUUCAAGAGACGUAGGUCCUCCAAGGAUACGCAGUAUCACCCCACCGACAUCACUGGCCAGCUCAACCUCUCCGACCCCUCAGUCAGCACUGUGGUGUGACCUUCUCCCCGAGGGCCAUCAGUCCUUGCCCAACACAGUAGGAAGGCACAGCCAGGACUGCCUUUCCAGGGACACUGAUGGGUUCUUCUGGGUGAGAUGGGAGGAAAGCAUCCUUCAUCCAUACACAGUGACUCCAUUGUAUAUCCCCCUCCCUUCCUAAGCCUGCUGCCAUGCUCGUGCCCCAGGAAGCACGGCAGGACCAGGACAAGGUUUGGACUUCACUGUACAGAGAUAAUUGCUUCCAAACAGUGCCACGAUAAUCAGAA